AUAUGUGACAUAUUUGAUUGUUUGCAUUCUUUGCAAUUAUUGCAAUUUAGUAGUUUUUAAUCAUCCUUUAUUGACAGUUCGUUUAAUUCUAUUCUACAGUAACAGUAUUAGUAAAAGUAACAGAAUUUUAAUUGUAACAUUCAGUACACCUUGUAAAAGUUCUCCCUUUUUAAGAGAGAACAACAAUAAUACAUUUUGAGGUUAGAAAACGGAGAUUUAUUUCUCUUUUGAAAAAUGCAGUUUUCAAGGAAAAUUCUUGAAUUAUUUGAAGAAAAGAAACGAGAAAUUUGCAUUAUUUGUGAAGGAUGAGAGGAUUUUUUGGGAUUUUUAAUAAUUACGUCGUAACCUUAAAGUGACCCAUUGGGUGAAAAAUGAAUAUUCCCAAUUUGAAGGCAAACAAAACUCCAAUAAUAUUGAUACGUGGCCUUGCAACAAUAUCAAAGACAACAAAAAAUCACUACGAUACAUUACAAGUAAAAACAAAUGCCACACAAGAGGAGAUAAAAUCAUCGUAUUAUGAAUUAUCGAAACAAUAUCAUCCGGAUGUAAAUAAAGAAGCGAAUGCGAAAGAAAAAUUUCGUGACAUUACCGAGGCAUACGAAAUACUUGGUAAUUAUAAAAUUCGUCGACAAUACGAUCGUGGUAUGGCGGCACGUGGUAUUCAUGUAUUUAAACACGCCGGAAGAUCAUCAUCAGCAGCAUCAACAUCGUCAUCAUCAGCAACAAUGGAUGUUGAUGAUGAUGAUGAUGAUAGGGAUAUUGAACAUAUGGCAUUUUAUAAAUCACGAAUGAGAAAUUAUCCAAAACCAAUUUAUUCGUCAAAUAAUAAUAAAAAAAUUUUCGAUUUUGAUUUAUGGACACGUGCACAUUAUGGCGAUUCAUUAAAACGAACGGUAGAUGAAAAUCAGCAAAGAGUCGACAGGAACGAAAAAGUUAUAACUAAGAAGAGCCAAUAUUUUAAAAAAGCAAAUGACAUUUCAGUGAUAUUUGGAAUGACAUUUAUUAUUGUUUGUGUAUGUGCAUUGUCAAUUAGUCAAAGAAAUUACGAUGAUCCAUUAGAGACAAAUUCUGAAGACGAUCAAUAACUGUAUAUAGAAAAUUUAGUUUUGAAAUUUAUUUUUUUUUUUUGUUAUAGUAUUGAAAUUAAAUUAAUUUUGUUGUUUUUAUUAUAUAACAAUUAUAAUUGUAAUUGAGACAAAAAAUUUGGAUUCUAACAAUUGCAAUUCCUAUGAUUCAGAAUUUUAAUUAAUAAUUAAAUUAUUUAUUUUAUUUAUUAUUUAUUAUCAAAUAUAAAUUUCAAUAGUUUUA